AUGGAAGAAUUGUUGAAUAAUAAGACAUUCGCGGUGCACGCCGCCGCUGCGGCUACCUCCGUGGCCAUAGGCACUGCCGUGACAUACCCGCUGGAUACUCUCAAAGUUUUGAUGCAGGUUUCAAAUAUAGAUGGUAUUGUGCUCAGUGCUCACCCCAGUCGUGAGGAUGAGCAUUUACUUCUCUCUGAGGCUCUACUGGCAAGAUUUGCUUCUGGAACAGUCGAAUCACUUAUAAGCUCUCCAUUUGAAAUGAUUAAAGUUCGUGCUCAGGUUGCUUCUGCUUCUGGCCUAACACCCCGGCCAUCUAUUGUUGAAAAGAGUGCUGUUCCUCCUUUAGUUUCGAGAUUACUUCCCAGAUAUUCCUUGGAUAUGAAUGCAAUGAGCAAAUCCAUGGGCCUUCUAUCCACCUUGACCAAUAGGAAUGGAAACAUAUUGGAUUCCUUGAAAGAAUACCCAUGGAUGAUGACAGGAUCUGGGAAACCACUUCCUGUUAGCAAUGUUCGAACCUUAUCAGAAAUUGUUUCUUUGGAAGGAUGGACGGCUCUCUGGAGAGGUUAUAGAUCUGGUAUAGUGAGAGAUUCCAUUUUUGGUGGCUUAUUUUUUGGGAGCUGGCAAUUUUUACACCAAGUCAUGAUCAACUGGAAAGCUGUGAAUAUGGAUCCUAUGCCAAGGUAUGACAGUGAAGUUGGUCCAUUAUUGCAAGAUUACACUUUGGAAUAA